AUGCCAGCAAAAAUGUUGCAGGAUCUUACGGAUCAGUUCCAGGCUCUAUCCAAAGGUGUUUGUUCCGGAUUGGGUCUUCUCAUGGGGAUUGCUCUAACGGGGAAUAGACAUGAGCUCUGUCGUCGAGGCGAGACAGAAAUUGGAUUCACAGCUCGAGGAGAAUAAGUCCGUACAAAAGGUAUUGCCCAUCCCCUCGGGAUAGUAAUGGGGGUGAUUGACUGACUGACUCGAGGAGUAGGAAUUCGCGAGUCUGUCUGAUGACGCAAAGAUCUACAAGCUCAUUGGGCCCGUGCUCGUCAAGCAGGACAAGUCGGAGGCGGUGAUGAAUGUGGAUAAGAGAUUGGAAUUCAUCAACUCAGAGAUGUGUGUCCUUCCGCUACACCUGCUUUCUUGAGCCCAGAACUAGACUGAUCGGCCCAAACAGCGCACGCAUCGAAAAGCAAAUCUCCGACAUUCAAGAGAAGCAGGAGCGAAAAAAGAUGGAAAUCAUCCAGGUUCAAACUCAACUGCAACAGGAUGCCCAGGCGCAAGUAGGAGCAUAGUCUAAAUUCUAAAAAAGGAAAAAAUGUCAAAGACCCCCCCUUUCCCAAUUACACCACAUGAGAAAGAAAAAAAAAAUCGCAAAAGACUUUUGAAUGCCCCCCCAAAGUAGUACGAUAUAUGGUACAGUCCCCAAUGUAACAGAUUACUCCCAUGUGUGGAACGGAAGAAGAAAAAAACAAGUUCAAGAAAGGAUCUCCUUCCUGUUCUUCUUGCUCUUAUGUUUCCUCUCCCUAUGCUCCUCCUUCUCACCCUUCACCCCAACUGACCCUUCCCCCUCCCUACUCUCCCUCCGCUUCUUCUUCCUGACAGGUUCUAAAGCCUCUGGCUCCACAGCAUCUGGCAUUCCAUCCUCAUCCUGAUCACCGACAUACCCCAUCGGCUUGAACCUCAUCUUCAACCCAUCGGGCUGGGCCCUGACACUCUUCGCAACAACCCUCUCCCUCCUCUUCUCGAGGGCUUCCCUAUCCGGCAACGUCUCGAAGAACUGUAUGGAUUUCGUAAUCCCCUUCCCUCCUUCAAACUCCCCCUCAGAUCAGCGCCUCCAUUCCUCCCCCCAGAUGGGAGCAACCGCAGCGGUAGAGAGAGAGACUCACCAAACAAAUACCCCCCCCUCCCAUCCGGCACCAAAACCUGGACGCCCGCACCCUCAUCCGUCUCGCGGACCGAGAACAUCCGCCCACUACUAGUUCCAAGCACCCGCGCAUUCUCCAGUACGUCGGCAGCAUUGACACUCCCCAAUUUCGACAACGGCGCCGACGCUGGUGCCGAUAUCAACCAUAGCUCCUUGCCGGCGAGGUUCUUAGACGAGAACGGGUUUCGGCCGGACGGCGAGGGCGGCGGAAGACGAAGGAAGUUUGUCGGGGGGCAGUAUUCUUCGUCGGAUUCCACUGACGCGGACGUUUCUUCUUCCUCUUCUUCGUCAGAAUCGGAUGUGGAAUCGGAUGUGGAAUCAGAUGCGGAAUCAGAUGCGGAAUCGAAUGCAGAUGCAGACUCGGAAGACCCCGCCGACGUGGAAUCUUCAUCGAUGUCGGAAGCGGUGACUUUCUGUGUCGACCGUGGUUUCGCUUUUUGCUGCUUUUGUUUUUGUUUCGCGGGCGCAGGGGCGGGCUUUGUCAAGCGUUUUUUCGCGGUGUUUGCUGAGGAGGACAUAUUUGUUGGUUGGUUGGUUCGGAGUGCUCUUUUUUCGCGAACCUCUCUGGUUGGGCUUGUUGACUUGGGAGCGGCUUGGCGCGACGUUUUCCUCACUGUAAAAUUAGCCGCAAUCCAGGGUUUGGCUCAAAAGGUGCUUACCUAAUCCUUUUGAGGGCCAUGAUUGGUUGGUAUACAAGCAUGAUUGCCAAACUCCGUUUCUCCAGCUAUCGUACAGCACGCUGAACGCUGCGCCAAACAGCGUUUCAGACUUGCCUGGAACUGUCCCGCUGUUUGUUUGGUUAGGUGGCUCUUGUCGUAGGCGUAUUUUCGGGAACGGGUCGUCCCGUGAGGAAGAGAAGGGAAGGUGGUUGAGGUAAGUAAGGUUCGACACGAUUGAUGCCGGGUGAUCCAGCUAUGAAGACUAGAGGUUAUGAUAGUUUCUUGGGGAAGCUUGAAUUGACCCGCGCGACUUCGCACAUCUAA